AUGGCGAUCCUGUACGCACUCGCGGCGCGCGGCACGGUGGUGCUCGCGGAGUUCAGCUCGACGACGACCAACGCCAGCGCGAUCGCCAAGCAGAUCCUUGAGAAGGUCCCUGGGAACAACGACAGCAACGUCUCCUACUCCCAGGAUCGCUACGUCUUCCACGUCAAGCGUACCGAUGGCCUCACCGUUCUCUGUAUGGCCGAAGAAAACGCCGGACGGAGGAUUCCUUUUGCGUUUCUGGAGGAUAUUCACCAGAGGUUCGUACGGACUUACGGCAGAGCAGUCCACACAGCAUUAGCUUAUGCAAUGAACGACGAGUUCUCAAGAGUUCUCAGCCAGCAGAUUGAGUAUUACUCCAACGAUCCUAAUGCCGACAGGAUUAACCGGAUUCAGGGUGAAUUGAGUCAGGUACGGGAUGUUAUGAUAGAUAACAUUGACAAAGUUCUGGAUCGAGGUGAAAGACUUGAGCUUCUUGUCGACAAGACCGCGACUAUGCAGGGAAAUACAUUCCGUUUCAGAAAGCAAGCUCGGCGUUUCAGAAGCACCGUCUGGUGGAGAAAUUGCAAGCUCACGUUUCUCUUAAUACUACUAUUACUGGUGAUAAUAUACAUCGGAGUGGCUUUUCUCUGCCACGGACCUACUCUACCUUCUUGCAUUUAA